UUCUUCUUCUCAUUCUGCAGCAGGAGUCCUGUGUUGUGAUGUUGUUGGUGAAGCAACUAGUACGAGUAGUGCCUUGUCUUUCCAGUGGUGUGGCAAUAGCAAGAGGAGGGCUUCAAAUCUCCACCGGUCCGUAUACAGCAAAGCUCGGAUCAACUACACAUCGGUUAAUCCGCAGACUGAGCAACUCCUAUUCAUCCAACACGAUGGACACCGAAACGUAUGCAUUUGGGCCAUACAAGAUAGACCCAAAGGAAGUUUUCUACUCCACACAUCUUUCCUAUGCCAUGGUCAACCUCCGCCCUCUUCUUCCUGGUCAUGUGCUUGUGUGCCCAAGACGUGAAGUGAAGCGCUUCGUUGAUCUCACUGCUGAUGAGACAAGUGAUUUAUGGCUUACUGCACAAGAGGUUGGAAGCCAACUUGAGUCCUACCACAAGGCAUCCUCCCUCACAUUUGCAAUUCAAGAUGGACCCCAAGCUGGACAGACAGUACCGCAUGUUCACAUUCACAUCGUUCCGCGGAAAGGUGGUGACUUUGAGAAAAAUGAUGAGAUUUAUGAUGCUAUAGACAUGAAGGAGAAGGAACUGCAGCAGAAGCUUGAUUUGGACAAGGAGAGAAAAGACAGAAGCAUGGAGGAGAUGGCUGAAGAGGCACAAGAAUACAGAAAGCUUCUCUCCUAGAAACUUUUUACUGGCGCCCCGCGGAUAAUAGCUUGUGUAGAGCUCCGCCUGCGCAGCGACUUGUUUAACCAAUGGAUAUGGGUGAAGUCUUUUCUAUUAUUCCAAUUCUUGUCUAGUUGGUGUGUGUUGGAUACAGCUCCAAACUUGGUACACCUGCUUCGGUAGAACUUGACCAUUGCCGGCUUCUCAAGAUUCUCACAAAUAGAUGUUCUUACAAUUUUUCCAUUACAACCGAUGUUACAUUGCCUUUAGACACCCAGAACAGGGUGGAAACAGAUCUAUUCUACCAAGAGUUGUAAUCGGGGUUUACGUAUCGACAGACUACUGGUCAUUUCGGAGUCAGUAAAUUCUCCAAGUAAUUUCCGUCGUAUUAAAUCAGGGAACAAGGAUAUCGGGUUAUCAUC